AUUUGGUGUAUUUCACUAUAUACAUUUACCUAUUCUUACUUACUUACUCACGCUUUGCUUUUAAUUUUAACUACUUAUAAAAGUUAGACCCUUUAGUUUGUUGUUAUACUUGUAUACUCCUUACAUCUUCUAUUAGACUAUUAUUUCAUUCACUUCAAACCUCCAUACACACAGACAUAACUAUCUAUCAUGACAACUUAUUCUCAUCAAGGUGAGUUGCAAAAAUUACCUAUACCAGACUUAAAUGAAACUUUAGCCAACUAUUUAAAAGUUUUAAAACCUUUACAAACUGAUAUCGAACAUCAAAGAACCAUUCAUGCUGUGGAAACUUUUCUUAAAAAUGGAACAGGGAAAUAUCUCGAUGAAGAAUUAAGAAACUUCUCCAAGACUAGAAAUAGUUAUAUUGAACAAUUUUGGUAUGAUUCUUAUUUAAAUUAUGAUUCUCCAGUGGUAUUGAAUUUAAAUCCUUUCUUCUUAUUAGAAGAUGAUCCCUUCAAUAAUGAUAAUCAUCAUACUGAUCCUCAAGUUAAAAGAGCAACCUCAUUAACAUUAUCCUCCCUUAAAUUCAUUCAAGCUUUAAAAAAUGAACAAUUAUCACCCGACGUCUUAAAAAAUGGUCAACCUCUUUGUAUGUAUCAAUAUUCAAAAUUAUUUGGGGCAUCAAGAAUCCCAACUCAUAAUGGUUGUAUCAUGCAAACCGAUGCUAAUUCAAAUCAUAUUGUCGUAUUAUCAAAAUCUCAAUUUUAUUGGUUUGAUGUAUUGGAUCUGCAAAAUAAUUUAAUCCUUUCUGAACUGGAUUUAUCCAUUAAUUUCACUUCUAUAAUUCAUGAUUCUUUAACUACUGAUGCAUCUGAUAUUGCAAAAUCUUCAUUUGGAGUCUUGACUACUGAAAAUAGAAGAAUUUGGGCAGGAAUUAGAAAUACUCAAAUUUCAAAUAAUCAAACUAAUAAUGAAAUCUUAUCCAUCAUUGAUUCAGCUUUAUUCAUCUUAUGUCUUGAUGAUAUUGAGAUUAAUGAUUUAUCUUUAUUAUCCAAAAAUAUGCUUUGUGGUUUAUCAAUCUUAGAUAAAGGUAUUCAAGUUGGUACUUGUACUAACAGAUGGUAUGAUAAAUUACAAAUCAUCAUUACAAAAAAUGGUAAAGCCGGAAUCAAUUUUGAACAUACUGGUGUAGAUGGACAUACCGUUUUAAGAUUCGUCAGUGAUAUUUAUACUGAUUCAAUUCUUUCCUUUGCAAAAUCAAUCAAUACAAAUUCUCCAUCACUUUGGAAAGACACUAAUAAUAAUCCUGAUAGACCAAUCUCACCAUCAGAAGAACCAUUAAUCACAGUUCCAAGAAAAUUAGAAUGGGAAUUGACAUCUGAUUUAUCAUUAGCAUUAAGAUUUGGUGAAACAAGAUUAUCUGAUUUAAUCAAUCAAAAUGAAUUCAAACAUCUUGAAUUCAAAAACUACGGUUCAACCCAAAUUAAAAAAAUGAAAUUCAGUCCCGAUGCUUUCGUCCAAAUGGCAUUCCAAGUCACUUAUUACGCCUUGUAUGGGAAAGUCGAAUGUACUUAUGAACCAGCCAUGACUAAACAAUUCUUCCAUGGUAGAACUGAAGCUAUUAGAACUGUAAGUUCUGAAUCGAAUUUAUUCGUGAGAAAAUUCUUUGAUUCUUCCGUAUCUAAUGAAGAUAAAUUAACGUACUUGGCUAAUGCUUGUAAUCAACAUAGUCAACAAACCAAACGUUGUUCAGUUGGGAAGGGGGUUGAUAGACAUCUUUAUGCUUUGUUCUGUAUUUGGAAAAGAUAUGUUGAUUCUCAUGAUGAUGAUGAUGAUGAACAUAUCGAAGCUACUGAAAUGAAUACCAGAUCGUCGAUUUCAACCUUAGUGGAAGAUGAUGAUACUAGUUCUUCCGAUAACACUAUAGUUAAUAGUUCAUCCAAUGGUAAAAGAUCAUCAUCCUCGUCAGUAUCAACCGCAUUGAAACAAUUACCUUCUGUUUUUGCUGAUUCAGGAUGGGAUAAAUUAAACAAUACCGUCAUUUCUACUUCUAAUUGUGGUAAUCCUGCUUUAAGAUUAUUCGGUUUCGGUCCUGUAUCUGCUAAUGGGUUUGGUAUUGGAUAUAUUAUUAAAGAUGAUUCAAUCUCAAUCUGUGCAAGUUCCAAACAUCGUCAAACACAAAGAUUCUUAGUCACUUUAGAAUCAUAUUUCAAUGAAAUCCAACAAAUUUGGAAACAAGUUAAUAUCAAGAAAAAAGCUGCUAAAGUAGCCAAUGACGCCGCCGCAGUAGCCAUCACUAAAGCAACUGUUACCACCGCUACUUCCACCACUAUGGAAAUCUCUACAUCUUCAUUACAACAACCAAAACCUCAAUCUAAUUUAUCUACUCUUUUAGGGGGGUACGGUUAUUUCGAUAUGGGUGAAGAUGAUAUUAAAUCAAGAGGUACUUCUCCUGAACCUCCUUUCUUGAAUAGAAAUAAUUCAGGUUUCUCCAUAAGAGAAAUCGGUAAGAAAUUAAGAUUAUCUGAAUAUUAAUCUAUCUAUGUUUAUGUCUACUAUUUAUUUUUUAACGUCAUGACUAUUUAUUAAGUGGUUUGAUACCCUUGCCAACCCUUUAUUUAUUUAUUUUAUUUAUUACUACUUAUUAUUUUUAUCUAUUUAUUCGAGUUAUUUAUUUCACUUAUUUAUAUACAUAAUAUACAUUAUAACAACAUGAACUUCUAAUAUAUAACGUA